AUGUUAUAGUUAAUUAAUUUGAUAAAAUUGAGACAAUAACAGCUAUAUGUAAAUUAGCCAUAUGACCCAAAAAUUGAUAAGGAACGUAUAAAUUAGGAGAAUUAAUUGCUCUAAGUUUUAUAUAGUUUCUAAAGAGUUCAUAUUGAUGAAAAGUAAGAGAAAUUAUGAUUUAAUUUAAUCAGAUUGAAUUUCUAUGAACAAUCAGCACAAUUAAUGAAUAAACCUAUUCAACCUUUACUUCCAAUACAAGUAUAUGAUUUUAUUGCUAGACUUUAUAUGGAAUUUUUUCAAGAAAAUCAAUUUUAAGAUAAAGCAUAAAAAAUCUAAAUAAUUUUGGAAAAUGAGAUGCAUAAAAAUUAAUCAUUCAUUAUUCUAAUGAUUAAGUGGUUAUUAGAGUAUUAUAGAUAUUAAGUUAAAAAUAAGGAACCUCAAUUAAAACCUGUAUAAUAAAUGAGAAGAAAACUACUGAUGACUAUUGAUUAAAAUAAAUUAGAUUUGAAAAAAUCUUCAGAAUCAUAGACAAAAAGGAUAAGAAUGCUUAAUUUAUCUAAAACUCCAGAAAAUGAUUAAAAUACUCUAUCUUCUUAGAAUCAAUAAUCAACAUUAAGGAGAACAAAAAUAAAUUAAAGACAGUUAUAUAAUGUAAUAUCAGACUUAGAUUGGGAAACACCAUGGGAUAGAUCUUAUAAGCUUUUGUACAAUAGAAAUCAAAGAAUAUUAAGAUCUAUAUAAAAGAAUAGCAUCUGA